AUGUCACAACGUGAGCCUCUUUGGUACUGCCACGAAUGCGGCGCGGAGUCACGGCCUUUAAUGGUGAGAGGUGGAGUGCUCUCUUCAACUGCUCUUAUUGAUGGAUACAAGAUUCCGGAACCAGCGUGUGCUUCAUGUCAUAGCUCAUUUGUCGAAAAGAUGGACAAUCCAUCGGAUGACCCACGAGACUUUGGGCAUCCUUUGGAUACUGGAGAUUUGGACUCAGAUGUUUAUAUUCGUCCGUUCAUGUUAUCUCGACUGCUGUACACGAUGCCUCAACUUGAUACAGCUGCCCUUCAAAACCUAUUCGGCAUCUCGCCCUCAAGAAACUUUGAAAGGGAGCAUCGAGGCUCCUUUGGUGGCCGUUCUGAAACUAGCUCCGCUCCGAGUGUAACUUUUUCGGUAAGAAAUGAUAAUGGUAUAAGAACAUACACGUUUGGGGGAGGUAAUACACUGGGAGGCAGACCACCAACCAUGUCAGAGUUUCAUAGAGAUUCUGGUGUAGAUCGUCACGAUCCCAGCAUCAAUGGCUCGCUCAUGGCUCAGUAUCUAAUGGCCCUUCUUGGCGGUCCAACGGGGUCUUUGAACGAGAUGUUUGCGCGUGGGUUUGGUGCAGAAAAUGGCCGGAUGGGUGACUAUGUCUUCAAUCAAGAAGCAUUGGAUCAAAUUAUCACGCAACUAAUGGAAAGCAACGCGCAUCAUCCUGUUCCUGCCACUGACCAAAUAAUGGAGAAACUCCCUAGGGAAGUUUUAGAAAUAGGAUCUCCUACUCUCCGUAAAGACUGCGCUGUAUGCAAAGAGCAGUUCUCCCUCGAGACUGAAGAUCCUGGGGAGCAAGUUGUUGUGACUCUGCCUUGCAGUCACCCUUUCCAUGAACCAUGCAUAUUACCUUGGCUAAAAUCCAGUGGAACUUGUCCCGUAUGCAGACAUCAGCUGAUCGCACAACCUGAGCACUAUAGUCCACAACCCGGCCCUAGUCAGGCCAGCGGCAACAACCGCAGGACUCCUUCUCGAUCGCGGUCACCGGGAGGCGAUCCCUCUGGAAUUUUCCAGUCACUGUUUGGGUCGUCCAUGCGUUUUGACCGCUCAUCCACAGGCGGUAACUCAUCAUCAUCAUCAGCGCCUCCAGACCAACGCAACAGCAGCUCAAGUCGAGGUGGAAAUCACGUACCCGGUGGAUGGGAUGAUCUUGAUUAA